AUGGCGGAGGCGGACAUCAAGUGGGUGAAGCCGGUGGCGCUCGUAGGGGGAUUCGCUGGUCUGGGCAAGUGGGUCGUCUACCUCGUGUCCAAGGCCAUCGACGCCAUUUAUUUCAACGCUUUGCGUCACGUCCCGGGCCCCAAGCUGAAUGCUCUCUCAAUGAUCCCGUAUGCGAGACAUCUGCUGGCCGGAACGACGGUCGAAAAUACCGUGAAACUUCAUGAGAAGUACGGCGAAAUGGUUAGAAUCUCGCCGAACGAGGUGUCUUUCAUUUCUGCGGAGACAGCGUUUCCAGACAUCUACGGAUUCCGCACUGGCAAGCUCAAGGGUCAUUUGAAUAUGGCAAAGGACCCUGUGUGGUACGUCAAACCGGAGAAUGGAGCUCCUGCCAUCUUGCAAGCAAAUGACGAAGAUCACUCGAGAGGUCGUCGCGUACUUGCCCAUGCGUUUAGUGAGAGAGCACUUAUGGCACAAGAACCGCUUCUCCAACGCUAUGUUGGUCAACUUGUCGACGGGUUGAAGGAGGUCACAUCGGCAAGCAAUGACGCGGUCGACAUGGUCAGAUGGUACAACUGGACAACCUUUGAUGUGAUAGCUGAUUUGAUGUUCGGUGAAUCUUUUGGAUGCUUGCAGGAUCUUUCAACACACAAAUACGUCGCACUUCUUUUCGAGUCUCUCACGUCGUUGAGAAUGAUAUAUGUCCUCACAUACUAUCCUUGGCUGAAGUACUUUGGCAACUUUGUUAUCGACAACAAAAUCCUUCAGAAACGGAAGGAUUAUCUGGCUUGGAUUUCUAGCCAGGUGAAAAAACGAACCGAGCGCGACACCGUACGACCCGAUUUCAUGACUCAUAUCCUGGCGAACAACGGGAGUAAAGGGACCGCGCUGUCCCAGAAGGAGAUUGACUCAAAUGCGGGUCUAAUGAUUACUGCUGGUUCCGAAACGACCGCAACGGUACUCAGCGGCGCAACAUGGUUACUGCUAACCAACCCAAACGUGAUGCAGAAAGUCAAAGACGAGAUUCGAAGCAAGUUCGAAAGCUAUGAUGAUAUCACGCUUAGUCGCGUCAACGAGAUUCCAUAUACGAUCGCCUUUCUGUCUGAAGCACUUAGACUCUUCCCUCCCAUCCCGGUCGGAUUCGCACGGAGGGUGGCCAAAGGCGACGCGUUUGUCAGUGGCUACUUCGUACCGGAGGGGACCCUGGUGUCUGUCAGUCACUUCGCCGCCUACCAUUCCGCGCAGAACUUCAAGGACCCUGGAGCUGUCGUGCCAGAGAGAUGGCUGGGUGAUGAAAUGUACGCCGCCGACAAGAAGAGCGCCUUCCAGCCUUUCAGCUUCGGUCCGCGCAGUUGCUUGGGCCGGAACCUGGCCUUGGCCGAAAUGCGCCUCAUCCUGGCCAAGAUCGUCUGGUCCUUCGACCUCGAGCUGCAGCCCGGGAGCAGAGACUGGCUGCGGCGGUGCAGGGUGAUGCGGCUCUGGCAGAAGCCCGAGUUGGCCGUGAGGGUCAAGGAGGUCGAGCGGAGUUAA